CGAGAUCAGGGUUCUGUCAACCAUAACCAAAACUUCAUCAUCCACUGAGGCAAACACCGCAAGGCAUAAGGACUGGAGGUCCUUUGGACGUGCAACACUAGACAUGGACGCUAAGCUCCAUGUUCAGGCCCCCUCCAAUGAUAGGAGAAAAGGCGCCUUCCCUCGCGGUGGUAGAAAGGGAAAGGCGGCCUUUGCCUAUGCGGGCUCUGGGUCAGCCUCUGACACCGGAUCCCAGCCUGGUACACCGCCAGAUGGGACUGGUUCAGCUACUGUCCCAGAUGUUGCAGCAGUCAUUCAGCAGCUGCAGGCUGCGCUGGGGGCCUUCCAAAAGGUCGGGUCUCCCUCCAGCACAACCUCCAGCAGCAAGGGGAAGAGCCAGGGACGUCGCUCUUCUACCCCUGCCCGGCGCCCAAACCUGCCGCGUGACGCCAGAUUCCCAACAGACCCUCUGAACCCCAACACUCUCCCAUGGCAUGACCUGAAGAUUCAGGAGGGAGUGUGGAGGAAGAGGAAAGAGAGACGGGUCUGUUUGAGGAGCCCGUUGGAUUACCCAACCGGCCAACCAAGCAUCUCAUUUGAGCUGUUGCUUGGAGCGGUCCCUCCCAAGGGCCGCAUCUACAGGAUGUCCCCUGCUGAGCUGGAGGAGCUCAGACGACAGCUUGAGACCCUGACCAGCAAAGGCUGGAUCAGGCCCAGCACUUCUGAAUUCGGCGCCCCAGUCCUCUUUGUUCCCAAAGGGAGUGGCGAGUUCAGAAUGUGCAUCGACUACAAGGGUCUCAACAAGAUCACUAGGAAGAGUACAGAGCCCCUGCCUAGGAUCGAUGACCUUCUAGAUAUGGUCCAGGGAUGCACCAUCUUCAGCAAAGUCGACCUCAAGUCUGGUUAUCACCAGAUUGAGAUGGCAGAGGAGGAUGUCCACAAGACAGCCUUCAAAACCAAAUAUGGUACAUAUGAGUAUCUGGUUAUGCCAUUUGGGCUUUGCAAUGCACCUGGCACAUUCCAAACAGAGAUGCACCGCAACUUCAGGCCUUACCUGGACAAGUUCAUGGUCGUCUACCUUGAUGAUAUCGUGGUAUUCAACCGGACUGCCAGGGAGCAUGCGGAGCAUUUGGCUCUUGUCCUUCAGUCCUUACGUGACAGCCAGUACAAGAUUAACAGAGAGAAGUCCUCCUUUGGACUUCCCUCUGUCAUCUACCUGGGCCACGUAAUCUCUGGAGAUGGUCUAGCCCCUGAAGCAGCUAAGAUUGCUGCUAUUCAGGAGUGGCCACAAUCCCAGACAGCGAGAGAUGUUCGGUCUUUCUUGGGUCUGGCCUCCUACUACAGAAAGUUCGUCAGGAACUUUUUUGCAGUGGCGGCGCCCCUGACUAACCUCACAAAGAAAGACACUCCCUUUCUUUGGUCCCUUCACUGUCAGAUGGCCUUUGCACGACUCAAACAGGCCGUGACUCGUGGCCCUGUUCUGAAGUUACCUGACCCCACCUUGCCAUUUGUCCUGAUCACUGACGCCAGUCAGUAUGGCAUUGGGGCAGUACUUCAGCAUGAUGAUGGGAAUGGUCUAAUACCUGUCGAGUUUAUGAGCAAGAAGAUCAAGACUCAGAAGCUUCAGGACUCUACCUACGAGAAAGAGCUAUAUGCUCUUGUCAGUGCCUUGAAACAUUGGAAGCACUUUCUCCUCGGAAGGCACUUUAAGAUCUUCUCUGAUCAUUUCACUCUUCAGUGGUUGAAGUCCCAGGGAGAGUUAAAUGAUAAGUUGGCAUGCUACAUUCAGUUCAUCGACAUGUUUGACUUUGAACUGAAACACAAGAAGGGCUGCUACAAUAAAGUAGUUGACGCCCUCUCUCAUAGGCCUGAUUCUUUUGCGCUGAUCUCCUCGACUCAUUCCUUUGGAGAGGAGGUCCGUCAGACCAUUGCUCGCUUACUGCCUCAGGACCCGACUUAUGGACCCAUUGUCAGGAAUCUGCUAGCAGAUCCCAAUGCUGAACCUGGCUAUGCCAUGAGUUCAGAUCUGCUGUACACUUACAGCAGAGGAGAGGAGUGCUUAUGCAUUCCCGAGGAUCAGCAGCUUAGGACACUGUUGAUGUCAGAGUGCCACGAUGCGCGUGGACACUUUGGGUUCUUGAAGUCGUAUGCAGCCCUGUCACAGCGCUUCUUCUGGAAGGAGAUGCGGAGUGAGAUGCUGCGUUAUGUGGAAACCUGUGAGCUAUGUCAGAGGAACAAGGUUCAGCAUAAGCCUCCUCCGGGAUUGCUCAAGCCCUUACCCAUACCUGAUGGUCCUGCUCAGUCUGUGUCCAUUGACUUUACAGACUUAGGCAAGACCACCCCUCGUGGCAUGCGUCAGGUUAUGGUCUGCGUGGACAGGUUCUCCAAAUACGCAGAGUUCAUCCCCUUGCCAGAGGUAGCGAGUGUCCCAGCUGUGAGAGCAGCCUUUUCUGAGAGGUGGGUAACUCACCAUGGGCCGCCCACUUCCAUAGUCAGUGACCGAGAUCCACGUUUUUGCAGCGAUGAGUGGCAGUCCUAUUGUAAGGACUACUUGCACUCUCGUCUGGACAUGACGUCUGGUCGUCAUCCUGAAGCCAAUGGUCAGGCUGAAGUGAUGAACCAGGUCCUGUUCCAGCUGCUACGUCCUGUUAUCUCCCCAGAUCAACAGGACUGGGAUCUCCACCUUGCGAGGGCACAACUCAUGUAUAACAUGUCUGUCCACUCAUCGACUGGGUUCAGUCCUUAUCGAUUACAUUGGGGACAGGAGUCACGUCAGCCUCUCGAUGAUAUCAUCGACAAGGCUAAGACAGAUCUGACACCAGGCACAGCGGAGUUCACCAGACGCUAUCGUCUUGAUGUGGAAAGAGCGCGAGCAAACUUGUUCAAAGCCCAAAAGGCAAUGAUCGAACAAGCUAAUCGCCAUCGCAGGCCUUCCCCCAUUCGUACUGGUGACUAUGUCUGGGUAGCCAGUUUAGAGUUGUCGAGGGAGGAGGAUAUCUCUCCCAAGCUGCUGCCCAAGUAUCUGGGUCCAUGGCAUGUGUUAGAUACAGUAGGGGCUGAUCCUUUUGGUCCGUCGUACACCAUUGAUGUCCCUCUGCAUCUACGUACCUAUCCGGUCUUCCAUGCAUCUAAGCUGCUUCCCUUCACUCCGGCUGAUGCAUUCCCUGACCAGCCCCCUCAGUGGGGUCCACCAAUCCUUGGUAAGGGAUACGACGUGGUAUCCAUUGAGGAUGAGUGGGGCACUGGCCCCGACCGGCAGUAUCUUGUGAAGUUUGCCUUCCAACCUCCGACUGAGAAUCGGUGGUACUACAGGAAGGACCUUCUCAAGACAACAAAGUCUGUUGUGUUGCGAUAUGAAGCGGCUCAGAAGGGUAACCUUCGCCGCUCACCUCGCCUGCACCCCUAGCUCGGAGGUCCUCGCUCCCGGGGAGGGUAAGCCUGCAAUGACUUGCUGAUUUCUGCUGCCGAGACUAACUGCGAGGCUG